AUGGACACUUCAACUUUGUUCGAAGACAGUUUCGUUGACACAUUUGAUGUUUUAUCAUCUUCAGGCUCGUCAAUUCAAGUGGGUUGGAAACUAAGAGCGGCAAAUAUUCCUGUAGUGCGGAAAUUUCAGGUGCAUUAUCAAAAGGUUGCAAGCCAAUAUAUUCAAUACGGACCAUUGCUUCACGCAAAUGAACGUGAAUAUGAAGUAGAACAUUUAGUAGCAGUCACAUACUAUAAAAUUUGUCUCGUUGUGUACACAAGCAAUACAAAAGAUUAUCGAGAAUGUAUGGAUGCCUCAACAACAAACUGGCAACUGCCUGUUUCAGUGGGAAGCUUAGGGGCUGUGUUGGCCCCUUCAGUUAUUGUACUCAUCGUGUUUUUGUCAAGGUGCAAAGUUCCUCUUCGAUACAGAGGAAAGAAAUCGAAAAGCUCAACCAGAUACGACACAAUUCCAUCGAUGUACCGUGAUGACCAGUUUGAGUGUAGUGAAACCGUAACACACGGCUAUGACGACGACUUUGUGUCCGAAUUUGACGACGAAGCAUUAUAUGAGGUUCCUCUUCAUGAUCCUACACAGUCAAUGCUGACUGUGAAUCCUGACAAAUCAGUGAUACAAAACGGCCAAUGUCGUUGCCAUGUACAUCCUCACGGCCAGGCAAACAGUCAACAUAGAAAUUCAAUGGGACGGAUAAAUUGCUCACAGCCCCAUCAUCAUACGCGACAAUUUCGGGCAUACUCUAUACAAGCUGAUGGUAGUGUUUGCUUUUUUAAUCAGCCAUGUUCACCUUUAGCAAAACAAAAGUCAAAACAAGACGAAACUAUCUCCCCCACAGGAUAUAAGCAUACGCCCAAUAUACCUUUCACACGUUCGAUGUCGCUUAAAGAAUAUCCAACAACACGGUCAGAUAUUACCAUGCCAGAACAAAAGAUUGGCUCACCACCCGCUCAGGCUUUUACAUUCAUCGUUUUUUCAGCGAAAACAUCUUCAAAGUCUAACAUGUCUGCUGAGGUAUCAGCAACUACACCAAGCAGAGCUGUAAAGCGUUUGCUCAUCACUGAUAUUGACUUUGAUGAUGCAGAUAUGAGUAAGUACGGUGCCUUGGGUGGGGGAACGACAUCAAAUGCUUCUGGCAAGACGAUAGAAAUGACGUCAACGAAACAAACGAUAGAAUUACCCGAAAGUGUUUUGUUCGAUGAGCAUACAGUUUAA